AUGCACCAAACUCAAACCAUUCUCAUCACACUACUCGAUACAAUGUUGAUUACUCUAGAAUGCAUUCUAUUUGCGUUGCAAGCGGUUGCUGCAGUUCGACUUGCAUUAGAAUCACCUUUUGAAAGUGCCAGUCAAUCAAACAAUAGGCUGUCAAAACGAUCACCCGUUGUGUUGGGUGGUGGUGAUAGGAAAUGUUACAGAAUGAAAUCCAAUGUUAAUGGAAUCAAUUUGAAUUUACGAGUCGAAUCAGCAUUUUCUGAUAUAAUCGUACCACUUCCUAGUUCAAGCAACAAUAUAGGCUUGGCUAUACAAAGUGUUUCAAGUGGUGACCCCGUUACUAUAAAGUACAAAGGCGAUGAGUAUAAAGGAAUUAGCUCCAAAGCCGUUGUGACGAUUCCAGGUACUAGGAUAACUGACAGCAAAUUACCAGUGAUAGCAGUUAAAAAACAAUCGCCAGAUUUAAUUGGCAUCAGUCCAAAUCUUGAUGGAGUAUUUGGGAUUGGCUAUUCCUCGUUGUCAAAACAUCAUCCACCAGCCACUGCGAUGGAUAUUUUGUACAAUGGCAAUACCAUUCCCAAUAACGAGGUUGGUCUUCAACUAUGUCCGUAUGACAUGAUUUCAAAUAGCUUCAUCAAUAUAGGAAACACGGAUAUAACUGCAAAAUGCGGAACGAAUGGAAGGAGUGUUGCAUGGGUAGACUCACCAUCAGACGGUUACUUUAGUGUCAACAUCAAGAGUAUACUAAUCAAUGGCGAACAAGUGGAUCUGCCUGCUGAAUUCCAAAAGCGUAUAUUAAAGAAUGGAUAUGCUUUGUACUCGCGUGUGGAAACAUGUUUUACAUUUAUGCAAUUUCCUGAAAGAGUCGUGGCUACGUUGAUUGAUGUUAUUGUUGGUAGCAAUGCGAUCAUUUUCAAAAAAAAAAAGCUUAGUGACAAGCUCAACAAAGAAAUGGUUAAAAGGAAAUUGCGGAAAAAUCGUCCAAUCUUCAAAUCCAACUACAAUAUUGAUUGGAGCAAGCUGCCGACGGUUUCAAUCGUGAUGUUUUCUCAAAACCCCGUAACUGAUGAAAACCGCAACUCUGUUGUAACGAUCAAACUGGGUCCCAAAGACUACAUACAGAUAAUUGAUUCUAAACAUGUUAGAUUUACUGUAAAAGUUGGUUCAAGUGAUCAUGCAAUUCUUGGUAUAUCAUUUAUGACCCGACUUCUAUUGACAUUUGAUCGAGCACAUAAACGCAUUGGGUUUGCUCCUGGAUGUGGAUGCGAAACUGCGACUGAUGGUUAUCCUAUUAUUUCAAACAGUGAUCAAGUACUCUGGUCACCAUCACAACUGCCUGAACAACCAAGUACUUCAAGUUCAAGUGGCAGAUCUGGUCUCAGGAGAUCAUUGUUGCGACUUGGUAGUACUCUCCGUGAUAAUAUUCGUCGUGGUAAUGAUGACCCUGAUUAUUUAUAG